UCCCGUGCCCGCCCAAUGCCUGGCAAGCGCUGGGCCCCGCCCACCAGGCCCGCCUCCUCCUUCAGGACUCGCUGUGCUCGAGCCCCGGGCACCUCCCCCGCCGUCCCGAUUGGCCGCUGUUGGCGGCGGGCGCUGCGAUUGGCCGGCGGGGGCGGCGGGUGGGCGCCGCCGCGUUCUGUUUACAUUCAAGCGCGGCGGCGGCAUGGCGGCGGCCGGGGCGGCGCGGCCCCCGGGAGGGCAGGGUCCCCGCUCGCGCCGCGGCCCGCGCGCCGGCGGGCUGGUGCCCAGCCUCAGCCUCGGCCUCAGCCUGCUGCCGGAGGCCGCCCGCUCGCCGCCCGGCAGCCCCGCCCGCCCGCGCACGCCGCUCGCCGACCUGGUGCGCGGCUUCCGCCGGCUCAGCACGGUGCCCGGGGCCUCCCCCACGCGCCGCCUGGAGCUGUCGGGUCUCAGCGCCGCCGACUCGCCCCCCUUCGGUGCCGCCGCGUCGCCCGGCGGCGAGUGCCACAGAAGCAGCAUGUAAGACCCUUCCUGCCCCAGGUGCUGUGCUCUACACCAAGUUUCAAAGAUGCCGCACACCAAGGCCAUGGGGAGACUGAUAGCCCCACAAAGGAGAGUAGCUGGUUUAAGUACUCAGGUUGGCAUGUACCUCAAGCCCUGCUGUUUCAGAAGAAAGGCCCAGACCCUCUGACCCACUUCACUCCUCCACUUGACACAGGGAGCUUGCUGUCUGAGAUGAAAGAUCUGGGCAGUCCGAUUGCUGUCACAGGAUCUCAUGCACAGAGAGUAUCGGGGAGCCUGAGUGGUUCUGCAGAGCUGUUUCCUGAUGAACAAGAAGAGAUGGAGGUAAGCAGGGAGAAGCUGGUAACUGGGGAUUUGUCUUCCAGCAUGGCUGUCUUGCUCUCUGGACCUCUCCUCACCCAGGACAUCAAUAUCAGUGAGGUCUCCAUGAACAGAAGCCGUCUGUACCGUUCUCCUUCGAUGCCAGAGAAUUUGAACAGGCCAGUACUGAAACGAAUAGUAAAGUGCCAGGAUAAUGAAACUCCAGUAAAGGUGAAACGGAGGUGCAGCCGAGCCCAUAAUGAGCCAGAGGGGGGUGUGACCCUGAAGAAGACAGCUUCACUCUCCAACAUGGACAUCAUCAAAAUCCUAGAUCAGGACAAUGGUCUCAGACAGCUCAUCGGGGACUUCUCCAAAGUGUAUGCACUACCAACAGUGACAGGACAGCACCAAGAUCUGCGUUACAUCACUCCAGAGACUGUGGCUGCUCUGCUCUCUGGGCAGUUUCAAAGCCUGAUUGACAAGUUCUACAUCCUUGACUGCCGCUACCCUUAUGAGUAUAAGGGGGGGCACAUCAAGGGAGCUGUUAACUUUCACAGGCAGGAAGACAUCUUUGAAUUCUUCCUGAAGAAGCCUCUCCUCCCUUCUGUGCCACAGAAACGCCUGAUCCUUGUGUUCCACUGUGAAUUCUCCUCUGAGAGGGGCCCCAAGAUGUGCCGCUAUCUUAGGGAAGAAGAUCGUGCCAUGAAUGAGUAUCCUGCACUGCAUUAUCCUGAGCUGUAUGUCCUGAAGGGAGGCUAUAAGGAAUUUUUCCCUGAGUACAAGGAUCUGUGUGAACCCCAGAGCUACUGCCCAAUGCACCAUCAGGAUUUCAAAGCAGAGCUGAUGAAAUUCCGCACCAAGAGCAAGUCAUGGAAUGUGGAACGGAGGAAGCGUGACCAGAUCACUCGCCUCAUGAAACUGUGAGCACCAAAGCAACACCUGGAGUGGAAGCUUCUUAAAAGGGCUCUGUCUUCCAGAAUAAAGCUAUGGUUGCUGAAGAUGGCCAGACUGUAAAGGUGAAAGAAAGGAGCCUUGUCCUGUUAAGACUGCUAGGACAAAUGAGAUCUGUUUAAAAAAAUCUUGACAUUGCCUCUGAGAGACACUGGCUGAACAUUAAGCCAUAAAUAAAAGGCUGUAGUGUAACUGCCUGGAGAAAGAACAGGCUUUGUUCACUAAAGACUGAGCCAGCUGCUAGGCUUUCUUGCCUAAAGGCUGCAAGCCAGUGUAUGUCAUGGGUUGGGCUCUCACCCCUCCUGCUCCAGACAGGAGUCUCCAUGUUCCCGUUUAAUAUUAAUGUAGAUUUUUGUUGUUAGUUGUCACUUACAACUGGAAUAAUAAACAGCUAGAACAGACCAAAGUGUUUUAGCACUGGUCCUUCCUCCCUGUGGCAAUUCAGUGUUAAGAAAGCUAAGCAUGCAGGUGCUUCUGGCUAUCUACAAUGAUGAUUUCUCAGCCAAGCACCAGCCAGGAUCAGGUAUGCCCAGCAAGUGAGUCUCCAGCAACUGCCUCCAUUAAAGAUCAACAGUGAGAGUCUAUUAUGUUUUAUUGAUAUGUCAGCCAUGGUCUUCCCAAGCAGCAGCUAUUAAACCACAACUACAAGUAA